AUGGAGGGCCCCUCGGAAGGGAAGGCGCCCGCGGCGGCGCUGGCCGCCGUGCUGAAGCACAGCUCCGCGCUGCCGCCCGAGAGUACCCAGGUCCGGGGCUAUGACUUCAACCGCGGCGUGGAUUACCGCGCGCUGCUGGAGGCCUUCGGCACCACCGGCUUCCAGGCCACUAACUUCGGGCGGGCGGUACAGCAAAUCAACGCCAUGAUUGAGAAGAAGCUGGAGCCGCUGUCACAGGAGGAGGAUCAGCAUGCAGACCUGACCCAGAGCCGCCGCCCGCUCACCGGCUGCACUAUUUUCCUGGGCUAUACGUCCAACCUCAUCAGCUCAGGCAUCCGUGAGACCAUCCGCUACCUUGUACAGCACAACAUGGUGGAUGUCCUGGUGACCACGGCAGGGGGCGUGGAGGAGGAUUUCAUCAAGUGCCUGGCACCCACGUACCUGGGCGAGUUUAGCCUCAGGGGGAAGGAGCUCCGGGAGAAUGGGAUCAACAGGAUUGGGAACCUUUUGGUGCCCAAUGACAAUUACUGCAAGUUUGAGGACUGGGUGAUGCCCAUUCUGGAUCAGAUGGUGCUGGAGCAGAACACAGAGGGUGUGAAGUGGACACCGUCCAAGAUGAUCGCCCGGCUUGGCAAGGAGAUCAACAAUCCAGAGUCGGUGUAUUACUGGGCCCAGAAGAACCACAUCCCUGUGUUGAGCCCAGCGCUCACGGAUGGCUCGCUGGGUGACAUGAUCUUCUUCCAUUCCUACAAGAACCCUGGCCUCGUCCUGGACAUUGUUGAGGCCCCUCUUUCCCCAGAUCUGAGGCUCAUCAACACCCAGGCCAUCUUUGCCAAGCGCACUGGAAUGAUCAUCCUGGGCGGGGGCCUGAUCAAACACCACAUUGCCAAUGCCAACCUCAUGCGGAAUGGGGCUGACUAUGUGGUGUACAUCAACACAGCCCAGGAGUUUGAUGGCUCCGACUCUGGUGCCCGGCCGGAUGAAGCUGUCUCUUGGGGCAAGAUCCGGGUGGAUGCACAACCUGUCAAGGUCUUUGCUGAUGCUUCCCUGGUCUUCCCCCUGCUUGUGGCUGAAACCUUUGCCCAGAAGGUGGAUGCCUUCAUGCCUGAGAAGAAUGAGGACUAAGCAGCUGACACCCCAGGGAGGCCUCACCCUGCCUCUAUUUAUUAGUUUGAAAACCCAGCCCCCUACCCUCUAUGGUCAGCAUUAUGUCCAAAAUAAAUGGUCUCAGCCUUU